AUGAGUGUGGACGAGGACACACGCUGGCUUGAAUGGGUGACUAAGCAGUUCGAGACUAUUGCAGGAGAAGACAAGGAGAUUGAUUUGGAUGAGUUUAAAACAGCCCUUAAAGUGAAGGAGUCAUUUUUUGCAGAGAGGUUCUUUGCAUUAUUCGAUUCGGAUGGCAGUGGCUCUAUUAGCCUCGAUGAGCUGCUGAAGGCUCUAAACCUCCUCAUUCACGGCAGCGAGACUGACAAGCUACGCUUUCUCUUCCAAGUCUACGAUGUGGAUGGAAGUGGUUCUAUAGACCCUGAUGAGUUGCGAAUAGUGCUGAAAUCCUGCCUAAGGGAAAGUGCCAUCUCCCUGCCAGAGGAGAAACUGGAUGAUCUGACACUGGCCCUAUUUGAGUCUGCUGAUAAAGAUAACAGUGGUUCCAUUACAUUUGAGGAGCUAAAAGCAGAACUCGAGAACUUCCCUGAGGUUAUGGAGAACCUCACCAUCAGUGCUGCUAACUGGUUAAAACCUCCUGAUAUGGACCACAAGAAGAGGAAGACGCCUCGCUAUUUGACCCGAGCGUACUGGCACAACAACAGCCGAAAGCUGUUCUUCCUCUGCCUGUAUGCCUUCCUCAACAUUCUCCUCUUCAUCAUAGCUAUGCUGCAGCAUGCUCCCGGUGGACCCUGGUACAUGUUGGCAAAAGGGUGUGGACUAUGCCUGAACCUCAACUGCACUUUUAUUAUGAUACUGAUGCUACGCCGUUGUCUCACAUGGCUGCGAGCCACCUGGGUUGUGAAAGUCUUACCUUUGGAUCAGAACAUCCUUCUGCAUCAGAUCGUGGGUUAUGCCAUCUUCAUCUUCACUCUGGUGCACACAAUGGCACAUGUCAUGAACUUUGUUAUGCUAUCACAUACAGAUAGAGGAUAUAAGAUGUGGGAAUACCUGUUCACCACACGCCCAGGUAUCGGAUGGGUUCAGGGCACUGCCUCUAUCACUGGGGUCGUGUUACAGGUCCUCAUCUGUCUCAUGGUGGUUUGCUCCAGCACAUUUGUCAGACGCAGUGGCCAUUUUGAGGUGUUCUACUGGUCUCAUCUGUCUUAUAUUUGGGUUUGGGCACUGCUCAUAAUCCACUGCGCUAAUUUCUGGAAGUGGUUUGUGGUACCUGGUGUGAUCUUCCUUGUGGAGAAGUUAGUUGGUAUUGCAGUGUCUCGCAUGGCAGCCCUGUAUAUUGUUGAGGUCAACUUGCUGCCAUCUAAGGUAACACAUCUAGUGAUCAAGCGGCCACCAUUCUUCCAUUUUAAACCUGGUGACUAUGUCUACCUCAACAUCCCAGUCAUAGCCAAGUAUGAGUGGCACCCAUUUACCAUCAGCAGUGCACCAGAGCAACAAGAUACCAUAUGGCUCCAUGUGCGCUCAAUGGGCCAAUGGACAAAUCGGCUAUUUGAGUAUUUUAGACAGCCAGAGAGCCAAGUCAUCAGCAACAAGAGACUUACAGCCAGCCUGAGGAACCGAAGUCACCAGGAAAGAACCCAGAUCUCUGCUAAACUGAGUGAGAAUCAUAGAUAUUGUGACAUCAAGUGUUAUGUAGAUGGGCCCUAUGGCACCCCAACCAGGCAGAUCUUUGCCUCAGAGCAUGCAGUGCUGAUUGGGGCUGGCAUUGGCAUCACGCCCUUUGCAUCCAUCUUGCAGAGCAUCAUGUACCGUUAUCGACUGAGGAAGCAGAACUGCCCGAACUGUAACUACUCGUGGUGUGAGACUAUCAAAGAUAAUGAGAUGAAGCUAAGGAAGGUGGAUUUCAUUUGGAUAAAUCGAGAUCAGAAGUCCUUUGAAUGGUUUGUGAGCUUGCUGACCAAACUGGAGAUGGACCAGGCUGAUGAGGAACCUGAGGGUCGCUUUUUGGAAAUGCACAUGUACAUGACAUCAGCUUUGAGUAAGAAUGACAUGAAGGCUAUCGGGCUACAGAUGGCAUUGGACUUGUUGGCAAAGAAAGAGAAGAGAGACUCCAUCACUGGCCUGCGGACGCGCACACAACCAGGCAGACCCGAGUGGGGCAAGGUCUUCCAGAAGGUGUCUGAGGAAAAGAAAGGCAAGGUCCAUGUUUUCUACUGUGGCUCCCCGUCACUUGCCAAAGUUAUCAAGGCUCAAUGUGAGAAGUUCGGGUUUAAUUUCUACAAAGAAAACUUCUGA